GUAAUUUCCCAGGUACUGUACAUGUGUAGUAAGAAAUUGUGAAAAUAUACUUUGCCUAUUUAGAUGACAAAAAUUAAAGGCCCUGGAAUUAACAAUUGAGAUUCUUAUUAACAUCAACACUAAAACUGUAUGAAAUUGUUUGUAUUAGUCAGAGUGUGUUAUGGCAAGCUGAUGCUAACAAAGGGUCAACUUUUCCUCAUGCAUGGUUCAAUGUGUUCAAUGAUACUAUACAUGUAUAAAGCUGAGGCAGGUGAGAACUGCCAUGCCAACUUUUUAUGGAAAAUAUUAUACAAGGGUCGAUCCAGAUAUUCUGAUAAAAAUGUAUGUUUUAUCAAUGUUUUUUUACUUAAGGUAACAUGGUACUUGUUAACAGGAAAUGACAAAACAGAAAGUGACAUAUUUUUGAACCAAGAUGACCUGUUGACCUCCAGUCAGUUUAACUAUAUCUUGUUCAAAAAUGUCCAAAAA